AUGAGCAGAUCCAGUUACAGUCCCAGCGGUCGCAGUUCCUACCGUCGUCCACACGUGAAGUGUGCCAAUCCAGAUUGCAACAAGGAAACGAUCAAGUUCCAGCAUAGUGGUAAUGGGAAGUAUUCCAUGUACUGUGGCCGUCACAGCUGCCACUCUGGCUAUGGAUGCAAGACUAUGACCGAAAGGGGUGAGAAGUUCUGCAGCUACCAUGGCCAGUGCAGCCAUCCAGGUUGUGGAAAAAGGGCUUUACAAGAGGACGACGACUUCAAAUACUCCAAGAUGAAAGCAGCAACUCCUUCACAGGACUGGUGGUUCUGCUCUGACCGUAAGACUCAUAUCUAUCUAGGAACUAACAGGGCAACUGACUUGGCGCAGAUCGUUGCAAGACCAAAGACUGCUGGAGAUAUCGUCGCAGUCCCAAGAGAUCUUCAUUUUGUGCUGAGCACGAGUGUUAUGUGCAGACCUGUCAGCGAAGGAGAGACAUUGGUGGGGCUUCUGACACCAGGUAUUGCAACAAACAUCGGUGCUGCGUCAUGA